AUGUAGUGGCAAAGGUAGAAGAGUGCCGUAUGAAUUUGGUGGCAUUUCCACAACUCUCCCUCCCUCCGCCCAAAUCCGCCUUCAUCCCACCACCAAUUUCCCCUUCCCGCCGCCGAUCUUAUCCCCUUGAAUACAGUCGGCAGAUGGCGGCGACUUCUUCUUCUCCGGCGGCGAUUAGGCUGCAACCAAUUGAAGCAACGCCGGAGAGUUUCCGUGAAUUCGGUCAGGUGAUCGAGGCGUCGCCGGACGGCGAUGAGUUCGGCCCCCUCGACGCGCAGCUCGACCUGUCCCGUGGCAUCCCUAGGUUCUACAUCAUGCAUCUAGAGGACAGGCCUCUUAGGUUCUCGACGAUCACGCACCACGCGAGUGUCACCCAGUGCCUCGGCUCCAUAGGGGGCCACGUCUGGUACCUCGGAGUCGCGAGGCCGUCCCUCGUCGAUCAAGGAGAAGAUACUUUCCUUUUGCAAGUGAGGAUAAUUGGUGCGGGCCCACUUUGAAUAUCUGGAGUUACGUGAAUAUAUUUGUGACUCCAUAAGGAAUUUUAGUAGAUACGAUUAAUAAGUGAUAUUGUUGUUUACCUGUCUUUUGAUGAUUGGUUUUCUUGAAUUGUUGAAAUUGGAUGCUUGUGUGUGGAAACAUUGAGUUUAUCUUUAUCUCAUUGAAUGAACCUUGUCUCUCUUCUUUCUUUCC